UUUGUGUUAAACGACCUCCAGGCUGCUGCAGGGACGAGUUAAAACAACACAACAUGUCAGCCAGCUACAGACUGUGGGUGAAGAACGCCAAGCAGGUGGUUGUAAUCUGCAACCAUGGAGAGAAAUACCUCACCUCGGACGGCUCGCUCAGUCUCUGCGUCAUCCAGGACGGCAGCCUGGUCAUCGGCAGUGACGGUCUGAUUGAAGCGGCGGGGCCUGCGGACGUGAUAGAAUCUCAGUAUUCGGCGGCGUCUUUUGAGCGUGUGAUCGACGCAACAGGAAUGUGCGUCCUGCCCGGCUUGGUGGACGCUCACACCCACCCGGUGUGGGCCGGCGACCGUGUGCACGAGUUUGCGAUGAAGCUGGCGGGCGCCACCUACAUGGACGUGCACCGGGCGGGCGGCGGCAUCCACUUCACGGUGGCGCACACCCGAGCGGCGGCGGCGUCCGACCUGCUGGCCUCGCUGAGCGGCAGGCUGGAGAGGAUGCAGCGGGCCGGCACCACCUUGGUGGAGGUGAAGAGCGGCUACGGCCUGGAGCUGCAGGCGGAGUUGAAGAUGCUGGAGGUGAUGGAGGAAGCCCGGCGGAAGGUGGCCAUCAACAUCUCCUCCACCUACUGCGGCGCUCACGCCGUGCCCAAAGGGAAGAGCGUUGAAGAAGCCACUGAGGACAUUUUGAAGGUUCAGCUCCCGGAGCUGAAAGCGCGAAUGUCAGCCGGUACUCUCCACGUGGACAACAUCGACGUCUUCUGCGAAAAAGGUGUGUUCGACCUGGGCGCCACUCGUGCCAUCCUGCAGGCGGGCAAGGACAUGGGCCUCAACAUCAACUUCCACGGGGACGAGCUCCAUCCCAUGGACGCUGCUCAGCUGGGGGCGGAGCUUGGCGCACUGGCCAUCAGCCACCUGGAGGAAGUCACGGAUGAGGGCAUCGCCGCCAUGGCCCAGGCUGAAACGGCCGCCGUCCUGCUGCCGACCACAGCUUACAUUCUACGGCUGCCACAGCCGCGAGCCCGCGCCAUGCUGGAGGCGGGCGUGGUGGUGGCCCUGGGCAGCGACUUCAACCCCAACGCCUACUGCUGCUCCAUGCCCAUCGUCAUGCACCUGGCCUGCGUCAACAUGAGGAUGUCCAUGUCUGAGGCCCUGGCGGCGGCAACCAUCAACGCCGCCUACGCCCUCGGCCGCUGGCGCACGCACGGCUCCCUGGAGGCGGGCAAACACGGCGACCUGCUGGUGCUCAACGCCCCUCGGUGGGAGCAUCUGGUCUACCAGCUGGGGGGACAUCAGGAGCUCAUCCGCUACGUGGUCGUCAAGGGCAACGUGGUCUACGACAACGACAAGACUCUGGACUUGUGAGCUUGACUUUGUACUGAGAGAAUAAAACAUUUCAUCUUUGGAAGGU